AACAAACAAAAAUGCAAAAAAGAAGGCCAUGCAGCCUCUGUGCCAGGUGACCAACUCCCUCGCCAUCAGCAACGCUCGCGCGGCCUGCAGUCCCGAGCUGCUCCAGCGAGAGGCGGUGACGCUCUGCCUCAACGUGACGCGGCGGCAGCCUUUUCCUGACGCACCUGUCGCCGUCGCGCGAGUAGCCGUGAGUGACCGUCCUGAAGACGACAUCUACAGCCACUUGGACGCCUGCGCCGAUGCCAUCCACGCCGAGGCGUUAAAGGGCGGUCGCAGUCUGGUGUACUGCAAGAACGGGCGAAGCCGCUCGGCCACCGUCUGUGCUGCGUAUCUCAUGAAGCACCAGCAGGCGGCGCUGGCGGACGCACUCAAGAAAGUGAAGGCCGCCCGUCCAGUGAUCGCCCCCAAUCCUGGCUUCCUGGCUCAGCUGCAGCGAUACGAGGGCGAGCUGAGGAAGAGGCGAGAUUCACAACCAUGCCAAACAAGCUCAUCAUCACCCACCCCUGAAAACCCGCUUCCGGCCUCUCAUGAUCCUGUGAGCUAAUGAGGAUUUGGGACUGGUCCUGGAUUGGUUCUAUCAAUCAAGACCGGUUUCUCUGUGAUUUGUAGAUUAACAAAAAAGCUAAAAAAAAAAACACAACUAAAACAAAACAAUGAGCCCCUGUCACCCGUUUCUCCACUUGACGCAAAACUGGAUGAAUAUGUUUUUAUAACAGGACGCACAAAAAAGUCUCAAAGACCCACAGCCAAAAUGUAACAGGAAGUUGCCCAUUUUAGUAUCCAGCAGGCUUUUAGGGAGAACUGCAACUUGUAACGAAUAAAAACACAGGAAAACG